AUGCAGAGGCAACACUACGACUCAGAACUUCAGUCAUUGCCUCAGGACAUCCUCAGCUCACGGCUACCUGAGUUACCCCCCUACCCCCGCAAACUGCUUCUCUCUUCUUCCCAUACGGACACAGUUCUCCCCGCCCGUAUCCAUGAGUCUGGUGAUCCAGACCCUGAGGUAAUGCUCCAAAACCUCACGGGAUGCGUCACCAAGGACGAAGACUAUCCUGCUGCUCGUGGCGGGUUCGGAGAGAUAUGGAAAUGUACCUAUUCCAUAGAUAGGAGACUAAUCAAAGUUGCAGUGAAAGCAUUCCAGGUGUACGCUACUGAUCACCUUGGUCCAGCGAAGACGAAAAAGAAUAAAAGGAUAAAGCGUGAGCUUAGAAUAUGCGCCAACCUCAACCACAAAAAUAUUCUGCCCGUUUAUGGUUAUACAUAUGGGUUCGGCCCAUUUAUAGCGCUGGUUAGUCCUUGGGCAGAGAAUGGAAACCUGGCGGUUUAUUUGGAGCGUGUGGGUGCGGAUCUUACUGUCCUUAGACGAUUCCAGAUCCUCAGGGAUAUCAUAGCUGGUCUCCAAUAUCUUCACACCAACAGUGUCAUCCAUGGUGACUUCAAUGGGCCUAAUGUGCUCAUCCAUGGUGAUGGUACUGCGUGUGUUGCUGACUUCGGUCUCUCCUUGAUGUAUUCAGAGGUUAUAAGCGCCUCCCAGGCCUCCUGGACGUCCACACUCAAAGGAAAUGUACGAUGGAUGGCUCCUGAGCUGCUUGUAGAUCGGGAGGAUGGAUCGCAAGUGCGGCCAAGCGAGCAGAGCGACAUGUAUUCAUUCGGCGGUAUCAUGUUGCAGGUCCUCACAAACAAAAGUCCAUAUUAUCACCUCUCGAAUGAUGCCGCCAUCGUCUUAUGCAUAGCCAAGUCACAAACACCUUCCCGAUCUCGCUAUCCUCCGCUCCCUGAAAAAUACUGGGAGUUUAUCGAGCAAUGUUGGUCUACUGAUCCACGGGGCCGUCCAUCGACGAAGGCAGCUGGCAGAGUGAUCAAGGAUGAAUAUUAUGCGCUGUCCAGAUCUCCUUGAUUCUUGGACUGUCUUGCACACAAUCACCUGUUUACGGUACAAUUAAAUAGACAGCAGUAAGCCGCACCAGAAACCACGUCAAAGGGUGGAAAUCUCUCGCCGCGCUUACGAGCCACAGUGAAAGUGCCACGGCACAUUGUGUAACGUCGAUACUGAGCCAUUUUUAUUGUCCAUCCG